CUGGAAUUUAAUUUUAAUUUUCACAAACUCCAACAUCCUUUAUCUCUGUUUCUCGCUUUUUCUCUCUCAGAUGAGACGAAGACAAGGACGUUUCGUUCACACUCUAAAGUAGAUUGAAAAAUUGGAGAGCUGUAAAAACUCACUCCCGACCUUACCUCCAAGCACAUAGAGACGCAGAGCCACGCGAGGAAGAAAGAGAGAGUUUAGACAUGGUGGCUGGGAAGGUGAAGGUCGCAAUGGGGUUGCAGAAGUCUCCGGCGAGUAGAAAAGUAGAGAGCUCACCGAAGCCAUCGACGCCGGCGCAGCCUUCUCCGAGCUCCGGUAAGGUUUCUCAGAAAACAGUCUUCUCCCGCUCGUUUGGUGUCUAUUUCCCUCGCUCUUCUGCUCAGGUUCAGCCUCGACCGCCUGACGUCACGGAGCUCCUUCGUAUGGUUGAGGAGUUGCGAGACAGAGAGGCGCGACUGAAGACUGACCUAUUGGAGCACAAGCUGUUGAAGGAAUCUGUCGCCAUUGUGCCCGUGCUUGAGAACGAGAUCUCUACGAAAGAUGCCGAGAUUGAAAGAGCGUCUAAGCGGAUACUGUUCUUGGAGGCGGAGAAUGAGCGGUUGAGAGUUGAAGUGGAGGAAGUUAAACAGAGUGUUGAGGAGGAGAGGAGAGAGAGUCAAGAGAGAAUAAAGGCAAUGGAAUGUGAAAUUGCGGAGCUGAAGAAAAUGGCGUUGGAUCGAAGCAGAAUGGAACUUAUUUUGGAGAACGAUGAGCUUUCGGCGUCGCAGAGGUUCCAGGGAUUAAUGGAGGUCUCGGGAAAGUCUAACCUAAUCAGGAACUUGAAAAGAACAACCAAAUGUUCGGAGGCUGUUGUUAACCAAGACAAUCAUAAGUUUGAACAUCCAGAGGCAAAGAAAGAAGAAGUUGAAACCGAGAGACCGAGACACUCACGAUGUAACUCGGAAGAACUCGCUGAGCCUACUCUCUCUAACAUAAAAUCACGAAUACCUAGGGUUCCAAAACCUCCUCCGAAACCUUCUUCAUCUUCUUCUUCUUCUGCCAAUACUUCCUCCUCAUCAACUGGCUCUUCCGGUGACUUAGAGAAAGCAAUCCCAGCUCCACCCCCUGUCCCGACCAAGCCAAUGCCGCCGCCUCCUCCGCCACCUUCGAAAUCCGCACCUCCUCCCCCUCCACCGCCUCCCAAGGGUAAGAGGCCGAUGCCGACGAAGGUGCGGCGAAUACCGGAGGUUGUGGAGUUCUAUCAUUCAUUAAUGCGGAGGGAUUCCCGGCGAGAUUCUGGCUCCAGCGUUACUGACCCGCCGUCAACCGCCAAUGCUCGCGACAUGAUCGGAGAGAUUGAGAACCGGUCCGCUCACUUACUCGCUAUAAAGACAGAUGUAGAGACUCAGGGGGAUUUCAUAAGGUUCUUGAUAAAAGAAGUCGAAAAUGCUUCAUUUACUGACAUUGAGGACGUUGUACCAUUUGUCAAAUGGUUGGAUGACGAGCUCUCAUUUCUAGUAGAUGAAAGAGCCGUGCUUAAACACUUCCAGUGGCCGGAGCAAAAGGCCGACGCUCUGCGUGAGGCUGCAUUUGGCUAUUGCGAUUUAAAGAAGCUGGAAUCCGAAGCCUCAUCGUUUCGUGGUGAUGCCCGUCAGCCCUGCGGAUCCGCUCUCAAGAAGAUGCAAGCAUUGCUUGAAAAGUUGGAACAUGGCGUAUACAAUUUGUCUAGAAUGCGCGAAUCUGCCACUAAGAGAUACAAAGCAUUUCAAAUUCCAGUGGAAUGGAUGCUUGAUAGUGGAAUUGUGUGUCAGAUCAAGCUUGUCUCUGUAAAAUUAGCAAUGAAGUACAUGAAAAGAGUAUCCGCGGAGCUUGAAACAGUCGGUGGUGGACCUGAAGAAGAAGAGCUGAUUGUCCAAGGCGUUAGAUUUGCCUUCCGUGUGCAUCAGUUCGCUGGAGGGUUUGAUGUAGAAACAAUGAGGGCAUUUCAAGAGCUGAGAGAUAAGGCAAGUUCAUGUCAUGUACAAUGCCAAAAUCAGCAACAUAAGUACGUGUGGAGUAGCAGGCCUACGACUUGUUAAUCUGCAGCAAUCUCAGCUUCAGACGGGCUCUUGUUUUUUGGUUGUAAAGAUAGGUUAUCAUGUUUGUGUAUAUUAAUGGCAGCGGCUGUCUUGGGAUGGAACUCCAAUUUAUUCAUUUAAAAAAAAUGAACUGAGGUGAUUAAUAUAUUGGAAAAAGGAAGGGAAGCCAUUUUCUUCAUUAAUAUGCAUUCAACUUCCUCUUUAAAUA